GAGGUGUUGUUCACGCGACAGAGGAACGAAUACAUUUUGUUGCGGACUAUGUAAAAAAAUUAAUUAGUAGCUACUAUUUCUUUGCUAAGAGUUUUCGUUUGUUUUGGGAAACAGCUUUACGCGACGUACUAUGGGAAUACAUUGAAACUGUACGCGUAUUGAUCUCUGGAAGCAAACUAUUGUUAAACAGUGUUAGCUAAGUAGCUAACGUUGCCGAGUCCGUUAGCUAAGGUACCGAGCUCAGACCUAUGACGGGGAUUUGCCAGCUUGCUAAACUUCACUUGGGUUUAUAAUACCGAUACUAUCGUUGUUUCGGCGUUUGUUUACAGCCAAUCAGCUCGCCUACGUAGUAUUUCAACGACGCUUUCAUAUUGUUAGCUAACUAUUGUUAUUUAUCCAAUCUGCUUUCAGGUUGUAACUAGUGAAGAGUACCAGCCAGCUAGCUGCUGUUUUAGCAAGUUCCAGUGGGAAACGGAUGCCAAGUUAACCUAGUAGCUAUCGUGCUGCGAUGCAAGUUAACUAGCAAACCUGUGGCUCAUUUCUGUCAGCUGGCCAAAUUUGUUUCUCUUCGCGACAAUAGUUCUCUACGACUGGGGACUGUCUGUGCUCGACAAACAAUGCUUUUAACGGGAGCAGGACCGCGGAAAGGGUCCCGCUGACUUGGCGGUUCAGUGUGGAGUCUGGGCUGAGGCCUGCAGGUCGGGCUUUCACCGGGCUAGAGUUGGCGCGACCUGCGGGGUUUGUGAGCGGGGAACCCGCGGCACAGGCUGCCGGGAGCCCGUGGGCCAGGAAAGAAGCGAAAUGGAGCGGAUGGAGGUGGACCAGUGCGCAGGCGCAGCUGCGGGUGGCGGAGGCGGGGCUCUACGCAGGUCAAACAGCGCCCCCAUGAUCAGCGGCGUGAGUGACGCCAUGACGGUGUUCAGCCCCACCAGUGCUGCCCGCUUUCGUCGGAGCAGUGUGUCUGUGAACCACAGCUGUGCUGGGCGGGCCCUGCCCCUGUCCCCGUUCUCAUUGGCCAGCGAGAGACUGGAUCACAAAAGGCUGGAGGAGAGUGUGGAGCAGCACCUGAGAGAGAACCUGCAGAGGAUGAGUGCUUCAUCUCCGGCUCCUCAUCCUCCUGUCAGUCACUGGCACGACCACAUCUCCCUGGGGAUACAUUCGCUUGACAGUGGUGUCACACCAAACUCAUCCCCAAGUCCAACAAGGAGAUUCAGAGGCAGGGCGGCGGUGAGCGAUGCAGUGAGAUGGCCUGCUCUGACACCACUGAAGAGAAAAGGAGGAGUCGAGUCCGAUGGACCCCCAAAGAAACUGUUUGUGGCAGGGGUGACGGAUGCCCCACACAUUACCGGUUACACAGUCAGUGUUGCCCAGGCAACUGGAUCGCCAGUGGGCGGGGUUUCGGAGGGCAGCCCCUUCCCCCUCUCCCCCCCUCCCUCCUUCGCUUCCCACCACCCCAGCUUCUGACUCCACACGAUCCCGGCCAAUCAGAGACGGGGAGCAUUCUUCUGCUUCUGUUCCUUUCUUCCUCACUCGUUAGCGAUCGAGCACAAACUGAGACCUACUGGACAGCAAGUUCAACCAAUGACAAGUCGGGAAAGUAUUGGCGUCAACCAAUCGGAGAAGAGAAGAGAGCUCAGCCAAUCAGAAUGCGAGUUGAGGGAGAACAGACAGAAGCAGAGUAUUAUCCUAAGAACACAAACUAGUCUGAUGUAAGUCAAUAUAAGACCAAAUACGUGAGGUAUUUUGCAUGAAGGAGAGAGGGGUAAGAGGCUGUCAGUUACAUUUUAAACUCAGCUGAUUUGGGAUCAGUGUGGUUAGAUUUUAAACACAGCUGAUUUGGGAUCAGUGUGGUUAGAUUUUAAACUCAGCUGAUUUGGGAUCAGUGUGGUUAGAUUUUAAACACAGCUGAUUUGGGAUCAGUGUGGUUAGAUUUUAAACACAGCUGAUUUGGGAUCAGUUUGGUUAGAUUUUAAACACAGCUGAUUUGGGAUCAGUGUGGCUAGAUUUUAAAUACAGCUGAUUUGGGAUCAGUGUGGUUAGAUUUUAAAUACAGCUGAUUUGGGAUCAGUGUGGUUAGAUUUUAAAUACAGCUGAUUUGGGAUCAGUGUGGUUAGAUUUUAAAUACCGCUGAUUUGGAAUCUGUGGUUAGAUUUUAAACACUGAUUUGGGGUCAGUGUGGUUAGAUUUUAAACACUGAUUUGGGGUCAGUGUGGUCAGAUUUUGAACACUGAUUUGGGGUCAGUGUGGUUAGAUUGUAAACACUGAUUUGUGGUCAGUGUGGUUAGAUUUUAAACACUGAUUUGUGGUCAGUGUGGUUAGAUUUUAAACACUGAUUUUGGCUCAGUGUGGUUAGAUUUUAAACACUGAUUUGGGCUCAGUGUGGUUAGACUUUAAACACUGAUUUGGGCUCUGGUUAGAUUUUUAAACACUGAUUUGGAUUCAGUGUGGUCAGAUUUUAAACACUGAUUUGGGCUCUGGUUAGAUUUUUAAACACUGAUUU